GUCAGUGGCAUUACAUAUUAGCUGCAAACGUGGUAAGUAUGUGUCCCUGCAUCUUGUAUUGUCUCCGCCAACAGAAACGUUCCGUUCUCGCUACGCGGUCUGCUUCAACACUACACGCGCGUGCGGCUGUGCUAUUCACUGCGAACGACAUGGAACCAAAUGGGUUUACAAACGAAGUCGUCUGAACUGCUUGUGAAUGAAUACAAUGUCCCAUUUUAAGGACACGAACUCUAUCCCAGACGGGUACAGGGCUCUGAACACCAGUGAAUUGCAGGAGCUUUUACAAGAUGAAGAAAAAAUGGACCAGAUCGUCCGACUCAAUGAGAAGUUUCAGGAGCUGCAGGUGGACAGAGAGAUUCUGCUGACCUCCAACCGGAGCUUGGCCGAGGAGAGCCUCGCCAGGCGACCCCGCCUCAACAACGGCAAACUCCAGCUGGCUGAGAAAUAUAGGGAUCUGACCAAUCUGGCAACCGCCUGCCGGGAAAAACAGAGCCGGCUCGAGGCCGACAUACAGAAGCACAGCCUCCAGACAGCACAGAAUCUUCUCCAGGAAGAUGUGGCGCGUGCUGAGGAACAGUCUGAGGACCUCCUGGAGAAGUUCAUGGAGGGGAACGUGCCCCUGGAGGGGUUUCUGGACUCCUUCCAAAGCUCCAGGAAGAGCUACCACAUCCGCCGUGCUCAGGCCGAGAAAAUCCAGGAGUUCAACCGAGCAAAACGGAAUUCCAGCAAACCCAAAAAGCCAGAGGAGCGAGAGGACAAGAUUCGGGACGAGAACCCGGAACCCCAGCGGACCAACGGCUUCAUGGCCCAGGGCCCGCCCCGGGUCUUCCAGCUCCGCUACGGCCUCACCCCCGCCAUCCUGCUUCCCCACUUCCCCCUGCCACCAUCCUCCACCACCUCACCAUCUGCCCCGACCCACACCAGUCUACCUCCGCUGGACUCCCAGCCGGGCCAGACCCAAAUCCUGAGCCCCAGUACCCCGCUCUCUGGACAUGGGCAUCCUGUGAACCUACGGGUCAUUGGACAGUUACCCGGAGGCUGGUCAACCAGACCGAUGCGGUUACAGCAGCUCUAUAGACCCGCCCCUCACCAGCCUGAGCCUCCAUACCGAUAACAGAGGCAUGGGCCCUAGAGGUCUCUAGACAUGGAACCAAACAGUGGCUACCAGACUCAUGCACGCAAAGAUGGCUUUUGAAGCGUUUGUGGAAUUGAUCUGAAACAUGUUCGCCAUCCAUGACACAAAACGUAAACAUACCUAAAAUGGGAUAUAACCAGAAGCCAUAAAGCACGGAAUAAGUUUAGUUGAAAGCAAGGGAGUAAAUGAAGGAGAAACAGGGCAUGGUUUUCAUUUUUAUUUGAAUGUUACACUUCCAGGGCGUCACAGGGUUGUAAAGCACAGCUAUGAUAAGGAAAUGUCACAGAUGGACUAGUGUCUCCAGCUUGUCAUAAAGGACCCCAUUGUCCAUCCAUCCGACUGAGAAUUGCAAGGUUUCUAUGAAAUGGCCUGGUGUCGUUUUGCUGAUGAUCAAUAAAGUCCAAAUCAUGGUUUUUAUUAUUAACCUAAA